AUGAGCACCUCGAAUACACCGUCUACCAUAAUCUCGGAGGCACUCGCCACCUUCUCGAGGAGCGCGAAUCUCGCUCUCAGUACCGCAGCAAGCGAAGAAGCCACACGCGCGAACGCGCGCAUACAGGAGCUGAGGAAAGAGAGAGAUGAGGCUAUUCAGAAAGCAUACGAUGCAGAGCUGGAAAUCGAGAGGUGGAAGGCUUCACUAGCCAAGGCAGAGUUGACCAUAUCCCAUCAAACGGAGACCAUUGCCGAGCUGAACCGGGAAGUUCAACAAUGGCGAGAUCAAACGCAGCUUUGGCAGAACCAGUGUCACAAUUUGUCAGAGACUUCUCGUGGCGAGGUUCAAGACUGGAAGGAACAAUUCCUGCACGCUGAGAGGGAGCGGGUGAAGUUAAUGGAUAGGCUGGACGACAUCAUCAGGUCGCAAGAACUGGCGACGCAGCGUCCACCGCGAACUCCCCAUCCGCGUACACCCAAUCCCAAGACCCUGUACCCGACACCUCAUAUAGAUGGUGGUCUCCCUUCCACGAGCAGACGCGUAUCCAUGCCCCAGUCAGCGCCGACAUCGUCCUCCGAGAGUACUCUGGCCCGCGGAUCGCCGCACGAGAGCAUUGCCACUAGGCCUAGAACAGCGAAAGCCAACACGCCAGGGCGCAGAAGGACCGAAAUUGCUUCUGUCUCUAUACCGACGACGAAUGGUUCUGCAAAGCAGAAGGCGUCCACCCAAGCACCAUCCACCAUCCGUCCCCCGCGAGCCCGACAGGAAACCCAACCUCUUCCCCUCUCUGCCGCACAUCAGCAUUCUCAGCCACCGCCCGCACAAAGGACACAUGUUAUCCGUCGGGUACAAGCGGUGGUCGAGAUACCUAUCAAAGAGGAGGACGAUGACGAAGAAAGCAGACCGUCCACCUCUGGAUCCGCCCCUGCUGCCGAACCAUCCGCUUCUACAUCAGGCCGGCGCCCUGGACGAUCUACGGCUGGUCUGCCGGCCAGACGGGCCAGCCAGCACCACGGAAUGUACCAAGAGAGUGGCGAGGAGAGUGACUACGACGAUCUGGGAGGGGAUGAUGAUGGAGAUGCAGACUACAGGGAAGACGAUGAUGACGAAUUGAUGCUGGGCGGAGACGAUAAUGAUCAGGAAGUCUAUGGCGCGGCGCGCCCAGCUGAAGACGACCUGGAACCUCGCCCUAUGCAGGGCAGAAAGAGGAGGAUGAGUACCGCGAUGCGGAACUCUGAUGCAAGCAGAAGCGGGGCGAGGAGGCGGCGUCGCUAGUGGGUGCGUCGCUCAAGAUUAGCGCGAAGGUAUCUUUAUUCGGAGCCUGUAUCUGUACUUGGUUGUAAAAUGUAACAUUAUCCCAAACGUUCAUGAAGACACUUUCGUAUACAAUGUCA